GCAUUUAAAUCGUCAACCUGGACCUGGUAAGCGAACAGUUACUUGUGAACAAUGUGAACUAUAUAAUGAUGAUACAUCUAAAAGUUUAGAAUUAUUAGCUCAAUGGCUCAAACAUGUAGCAU